AUGGAAAGGGACGUUUUCCAGGAAAACGAGCGGUAUUUCCAGUACUUCUUGAUGAAACAUGUUGUGAAGCCCCAUGUUGCAACCAUUAAGGAGAUGGCCAAGUUCCACACAGACUCACGCUACCUGGAGCACCUCCACAAAAUCAGCCAGGACGGAGACAAUGAUGACCCCCAGUCCGGAGACUUUGGCCUGGGUUAUGACUCUUCAGUGGUGGAGGGUAUCUAUGACUAUGCUGCAGCGGUGGGUGGUGCCACCCUGACAGCCCCCCAGUGCCUGCUGGAUAAGAGGGGUGAGGUGGCCAUCGACUGGUCAGGAGGCUGGUACCAUGCCAAGAAGUAA